AUGUCAGAGAGCAGAACAAUUCGUAACAGGCAAGAUAAAAAUUUCAGCGCUCAGGCGAAAGAUGUUGUCGAGGAAGAUUUUGACGAUAAGAAGAAGGAACAAUUCAAAAAACACUUUUUAGCUCGCGUCGUUGGUCUCAUAAUCGUCCCUAUCUUUGUAUACCUACUAUGGUUUUAUAUCCACUUCCUCAUAUUAAACACAAGCGGUACUGGGGACGCGUUCAUGAGUCCUGCAUUCCAACAAACAUUGCACGGAAGUAUAAUGAAUCUUCAAAGCUUGGAAAUAAGGUAUAAUGAUACCAUCACUUUGAAACACAAAGAUACCAAGGUAUAUCUACACUCUCAUACCGCUCGUUAUCCGCUUAGAUACGAGGAUGGGCGUAUCAGUAGUAAUGGUCAACAAGUUACAGGAUAUCCACAUGAAGACUCCAACAAUCAUUGGCGUAUUAUACCUGCAGAAAAUUUCUUUGAUCAAUCGAGACCUGAAAAUGACACUGUGAAGCAUGGUGAUUAUAUAGUGCUCGAACACGUCAACACCCAAACAAAUCUUCUCACACAUGACGUUGCUUCGCCAACAAUGCCCACAAAUCAGGAAUUCACUACCAUCUCGGUAGACGACAAUUCUCGUUACAACGAGACCAUCUUCCAGGUCCUCAUAAAUGACGGUGAUUCAAACACUGUUUGGAAAACAAAAUCCGGUUAUUUUAAAUUGGUUCAUUACGAAACGAAAGUAGCCCUAUGGACGCAUAAUGUUUUGUUGCCUGAAUGGGGUUUUAACCAACAAGAAAUCAAUGGAAAUAAGAACAAUAAGGAUAAGACCAAUACCUGGUAUCCCGAUGAAAUCGUUGGUAAAAAUGUGACCGAACAAGAGGUUCCAAAGAACGAGAUAAAGAGUGUCCCGUUUAUAAAGAAAUUCUUUGAAUUGCAACGUCUAAUGAUCAGCCACAAUUCUGGAUUGACUAAACCUCAUCCUUACUCCUCGGCACCAAUCAACUGGCCAUUUUUAGUACGCGGAAUAUCUUUUUGGACCUUAUCCGAUGAUAAAAAACAAAUCUAUUUACUAGGCAAUCCCUUUACCUGGUGGCUUGCUAUUGGUGCUAUGGCAGUCCUUGUAGGUGUGAUGGCUGCUGAUCUUAUAUCUCGACGACGCGGUAUUAAACCUAUUCCGGAUU